AGAACAAAAUCCGAUGCAGCAUCAUAUGUGUUUAAGAGACUUGGAGCUGCAUGUCUCAGGUGGCAGGAAGUGAAGCUAUUCAGGCCUCACUCAAAUUGACGCAUAUCGGCAGACUCCAACGACCAGGGCACCACUCCAACUGUCAGAUAUAUCUUCCUCUUGUCAUAUUUGUGAAGAUUUCGUGAGAACGUCGUUUGAGACACACAAAACGUACCUGCCUAAAGUCGGAUAGCCACAGAUAGGCCACCACCUUCCUGCCAUUUCUACCUAUUUCCCUGCGUCUCUCUUUCCCCGCUGAAGCAAACGGGUGGUGGCUUCCCGUUGCAAACGCAAUCUUUAGGAUCUAAGACUGCGCCACACUUCACUUAUUUCCCCAACUUCAGAACCAUCUCCUUCACCCCAGAUAUCCUUCUCUAUCCGCCUCUCAGAGUCAUCACGAUGCCGCACGGAUACCAUCGAGCUCAACGUCUCGUCCCCUGUGACGAAGAUAGCAAUGGUCUCUACGAAGGCCCUGGCGAGCGCCGUGAUGGUCGACCUGUCCAUGGGCGACGCUGCUUAGUCGUUUGCGCCCUCGGGGCCAGCAUUGUCCACGAUGAUCCGGAUGGUAACAACACUCUGCCUGCAGAAGCUGAGACAAUGUGUCGUGAUCUGAGUCUCGCGUCAGAAGCACGCAUUGGCUCUAAAAAGGAAUCCUCUUCCUUGUCACGUCCUUCAGAGACGCAAACGCUCUCCGCUUCCCAACACAGCAAACCAUCAGCCAUUGCCGGCCCUUCUACUGCUACUGAACAGUCUAUGAUUGAUGUCCUCGAGAAGCGAAGAGGCACUGGCCUCGUCUUCCCUACCGAAUUCAUACCACCAUCAUCUACGAUCAAGCCUACUGAGCUCUUCCUGGGCAAAGCUACCUAUGCACGACUUACCAGGUACAUCCACCGUUCCGAUCCUCGAUGUAUCCUCAUCUUCACCGAUGGAGCGUGCCUGAACAACGGCAAGGCUAAUCCAAGAGCUGGAUGGGCUUUGGUCCAUGGCCCUGGUUUCACGGGUCAACCAGCCCAGGUAGCAUCUGGUCGUCUAGAGAACAAGGGGCCUUACGGUGACGCAGGCAUUCAAAGCAACAACCGAGCCGAGCUCCGUGCUGUCAUUGCCGCCCUUCGACUUCGACAUUGGACCGUCGAGGGUUUCAACAAUAUCGUCAUUGCUACUGACUCCGAGUACGUGGCUAUUGGCGCUACCCAGUGGGUUAAGGCCUGGGUUAAGAAUGGCUGGCGAACCUCUGGCAAGGAAGAAGUCAAGAACAAGGAUCUCUGGGAAGCGUUGCUGGGCGAGGUAGAGAGAUGGCAGGCCGAAGGAUUGUCAAUCCAGUUCUGGAGAAUUCGUAGAGAAUGGAACAAAGAUGCGGAUGCAGCUGCGAAGAAAGCUGCUCAGGAGCCUGAAGCCUAAUCUCAAUGGGUUGAGAUGAUAGGCAUUGCGGUUUGACCUUUUUGGCGGGGAAAGCUCUUGUGUUGCACGCUGCUCUUAGGAGAAUCAUGUCUAACUGAGUUCUAGCGGCUUCGCCGCUCAACUAAAUGCUAAGAAUCAGUAGAUCUAGCCAUUAAUGAAAAUGAAACUUUUGGACCCGGA